AUGGUACCUCCAGGCUCGCAAUUUCAUUCAAGGUGUUCGACCCAUUCGUUCGCGAUCUCGCAUCGACGGUCGUCGUCGCUCAUGGAGCUCGCUCACCUCGCCAACUCCGCGCAGUCGCUGGGUUUACCGGGUCUUCUCGUCGCACUCGUGCUCAUCAUGGUCGUCGCGUCGUGGCUUGGCGCGUCGCAAGGAAAGAAAAGCGGCACGCAACAAGAUAUCCCACCUGCUGCCAAGGAAACCAUGGUGUACACCAAGGAGGAGGUAGCGAGGCACAACAAGAGGGAUGACUGCUGGGUCAUUAUCAAGAACAAGGUGUACGAUCUGACAUCGUAUGUGGAUGAGCACCCGGGUGGCGAUGCCAUCCUCAACAAUGCAGGAGGGGAUGCAACAGAAGGCUUCUACGGGCCUCAACACGCAUCCCGCGUUUUCGAUCAAGUGGAAGAGUUCUUUAUUGGCGACCUUGUUACCAGUAGCUAG